UUACAGACUGUAUACAGAGAGAACCGUGUGCCACCCACAGGGGGGGGGAGAUCCAGUGUAGACAGAACUGGCACAGUAUAAGGUAUGGCUGUUGUAGUGUGGGGUGAGGUUGGCUCGUUGUACGGUGAGGUUGGCUCGUUGUACGGUGAGGUUGGCUCGUUGUACGGUGAGGUUGGCACAGUGUGGGGUGAGGUUGGCUCAUUGUAUGGUGAGGUUGGCACAGUGUGGGGUGAGGUUGGCUCGUUGUACGGUGAGGUUGGCUCGUUGUACGGUGAGGUUGGCUCGUUGUACGGGGAGGUUGGCACAGUGUGGGGCGAGGUUGGCUCGUUGUACGGUGAGGUUGGCUCGUUGUACGGGGAGGUUGGCACAGUGUGGGGCGAGGUUGGCUCGUUGUACGGUGAGGUUGGCUCGUUGUACGGGGAGGUUGGCACAGUGUGGGGCGAGGUUGGU